AACACGGUUACCAGCCCCACAGCAGACUUCUUCAGGCGAGUUUUCCCUGUGGUCCGUACUGAAGCAAGGCAUCGGCAAAGAGCUCUCGAAAAUAACCAUGCCUGUAGUGUUCAACGAACCUCUCUCCUUCCUGCAACGGGUCACCGAGUAUAUGGAGUACGCACAUCUUCUCGAUAGAGCUUGUGAAGAAGAUGACCCUGUGCUCAGGAUGCAGCUCUGGUUUUGGAGCCAUGAUUCAUGUCAGUCCACUUGGUGCAGCAGCUCUCCAAGGAUCGUAGCGGAGCAGGUCUCCCACCACCCGCCCGUGUCUGCGUUCCACGCUGAGGCGGACGCGUGGUUCUUCCACGGCUCAGUGCACCCCAAGCUGCGCUUCUGGGGCCGCAGCGUCGAGAUCCAGCCUAAGGGGACGCUCACUCUCGAGCUCCUUAGGCACGGUGAGGCGUACACUUGGACGAACGUCAACUGCUGUGUGCACAACCUGAUCUCCGGGCAACUGUGGAUAGAGCAAUACGGAGCAAUGGAAAUUAUCAACCAUGUGACUGGUCACAAAGGAGUGCUGAAUUUCAAAGCUGGCGGAGGGAGCGCCGGCAAGGAUUUACACAAAGUUGAGGGAUUCGUCCUGGAUAAAGACAAAAAGAAAUUACGGUUUGUGUACGGCCGAUGGACAGACUUGCUAAAGGCGACGGAUGUCGCUUCUUACGAGGAAUACCGCGCAGCGUUUCCUGCCAAGUUCAACCGUGAUGAUACCCGAAAGAAAAGUGGCGAGAAUGGAUCAGCUUUCUCGUCUCCCGCGUCAUCGUCAAGAAAAAUGUUCUCAAAGCUCAACUCAAUCACGUCUUCUUUUAAAAUCAGCGUCGAUACAGAGGCCGCUUUCGAAGCGGAGGAUGAGGAAGAGGAUGAAGGAGGCCCCAUCCCACGAACGAUAUCCACAUACAGCGUGGACAUCCCCAACUCCUACACCUUGUGGGAGGUCACACCCCGCCCUCCCCACUCUAGUGAGUACUACCACUUCACUCUGUUCGCCAUGGGCCUCAACGAGAGAGAUCCUGCCAGCAUCGAUAAAAUCGCUCCAACUGACAGCAGGUUGAGGCCCGACAUCAGGUUGCUCGAAGAGGGCGACAUGGACGGCGCAGGCUGCGAGAAAUCUCGUCUUGAAGAGAAGCAGAGGGAAACGAGGAAAAGUCGCAAAAAACACAAGGGCGAAUGGAAGAGCAGGUGGUUCGAGCAAGGCACGAACGCGUUCAAUGGACAACCAGAUUGGCUCUACUCCGGACGUUACUGGGAGCGCAAUUAUGCGGACGUGGAGGAAAUAUUCUAAUUAAUUUGUUCCUUCUCAGUAAUUAGCGUGAUAAAUUCAAAACCAAUUCUUAAACUUUAAAUUUAUCCAUGCGGUUGUGCCAGUUGUCUCUUUUUAACGUUAGCCCGUAAAAAUUCUCGAACUUCAUAUUCAUGCGUCUUUUUGGUUGCAGCAGAGUUACACUUCUUCUCAUUCUGAUAUCGUCGUUCCACGCUUUCGGAUAUUUUACAUGCAAGAAUUGAAGAUCGACUUUAUUGAACGCGCAUGUAUUUGUUGUCGCCUGAUUUCCCUUAAGUUUUGUUUCACAAUCAUUUGAACUUGAUUCGCUUUCUCCUAUUGAUAUAAUUGGAUUUAAGUAUUUCCAGUCGGCCGGCCUCUUCACCGAAAAUUUAUUCAAUAUUCCAAGCGUAUCAAAUAAAUGUAAUUAGUACAACCCAGUGCCCUUCGGUUAACUCACUCUUUAAGCGGAUUACCAUCAUGCCGGUUUUGACGAAAUAAUGAUUUACUAAUUCAAGCCAAAGCAUUUUCCGAUAACGACAAAUAGGACGAUGAUUAGAAGAUUGAUCCAACUUCGUCCGCAUUUCCUCCUGCCAUUCAGGGAACACGUCGGCCGAGGGCCAGCGUUUGCCUUCGGUCUACUUUGCUCACGCGAGGCUCUAUUUUCCUACGUGUGCUAUGUAUUUUUGAAUGAAAUAUUUGUGAGUUUUAAAUAAUGUAAACUAUCAAAUAGGUAAUGUAACAUCGUUAGCCUUGUACCAUCGUUUUCGAGCGUUGUUUAAUGCGUACUUUCUUACUCGUAUUAUGGAAAGGGGGUGAAGAUUGCACGAAUCUGAAAACAUCCAUCGGCAAGAAGAUACACCACGUGUCCCCAAGUCAAUUGAUUGAAGUAUAACAAAUUGUGAUCAUGCCCGAUCUGCGCUUCAAAAUUUCAAAAAAUUUGCCUCUUUCUUACAGUGUCAAAAAUGGUGAUGGUUGAGAAUGAAAGUUCACACAAUUGCCACUAAACAGAUUGUUUACUCGGCGUUACGUGCAGAAUGCUCGGCACAUAUUUUAACGCCUGUUGUCAACGUGACGUUGUUUAUCAUAUCAAAAGCUUUCUUAUCCAGACAUUGUUCUGGAGACAGUUGGAGAAGGAACGCAAUAUCACGCUUUUACUCUACCUAUACGUGUCCUCGGUCUCCAGAUCUCGCCAUGAUUGAUUAUUGCCAUUCACUACGGUUUUCUGAGACUUAAUACCUAUGUAUUAAGUCUCAGAAAGCCGUUGCAUUGUUUCGUGUUGGAGAAACUCUCCGGCUGGUCGUACCUCCAUAUAAGAGUCUACAUAACUGAUUCGGUAGAAUUUUUCACUUGAAUUUCUUCUUUAGAUGACGAACGUUGUGCAACAUCCUGUGACGAAAUUUCAAUUUUCCGAUACAGUUGUUGACAUUUCAUAGUUUCAGAAAUCGAUUGCAUUAAGAAGUUUCUUUUUCAUCGUUAGCCUUGGCUUCCAAAUAAAUUAAUAGAUCUCUCGAAUAUCCUUUAGUGUAGUUUGAUGGAAUUGUUUAAUAUUUCUAUAUAGACUUCAAUCUGAUUGCGUGCUCUUCUCAACGUGCACAAUAAUUCAAUCAAUGCUGAUAUCAAUAUUGUUAAGCACCAGUUGCCAUUUUUUCGUUGCGAUGGUUUACUAAUGAAAAUUGUACGUAAGAACUUGAACAAAUUUUCAUCAGUUGUAGGAAUUUCAGUAACGUGCCAAGUGUAUUUACGAUGUCACUUUUUAUGACCGAGUUAUAGUUCCAUGGCGGCCGGUAAAGAAAAAAUUUAAAAAUAGCACAAUAGCACCCGUAAAUUCUUCAUAUUUUCUGCCUCCUGUCUUUAUGAAAUACACGUAUUAGGUAGCGAUUUUAAUAACAAGUUUAAAUAGCCUAGGAAAUUAUUCGAAACCUGUAUUAGCUCACUGUAAGGAGUAGCAAUAGCUUCUAGAAUAAUAUUGCUGUAUGAUUGCUUUGACUUUACUUCAUCUUUACUGUUUGCAUCGCUAUAUGAAGCAGCACAUUUUUGUUUGUUGACUUUUCCAUUUAAUCGACUUAGAAUGUCCGUGCUGUUGGCGGACCAAAUAAUCAGCCAGAUCAUGACUAACAGAGCGAUCUCUAGGAUUUACGUUGCCGUAUGGACAAGCAUUGGCAUAAACUGGGAUCGGUCAACUGCUUGUUACGUUUUUGAACUUGCGGGCGAUAUGAGAUAGGAGAUCAACGUAGAUACAGUACACAGAUUCAACUGCCAGUAAAUGUAACUAUUGACUGUAGUGUUUUUCUUCAGCAGUCGAGGCAAUUCAUUAAGAUGAGACGGGGUCUGAACUUUUCCCUAUAACUGAUUAUUUCAGUCACAGUAAUGAACUCAAAUAAAAGCUUUCAACAUUCGCCCACUUAAUGAGAUAGUGAUAAAUAUUUGCCCUGGAGAGGGUUGACCACUCAGCUGAGUGAGUUCCAUUGAAGUCAUCCUCCGUUGCUACUUGGAUAUUGCUGGUAGUGAAUAUAAUUAUAUUUUGCAAAGUGUAUUUUUUGCAGAGAAUAUAUAUUAUCCAUAAUAAAGAUAUAUAUAUUUGUUGAUGUAGUCAUCGAUGUUAUAGAUUACGAGUUCUUGCAUACGGUAGUUAAUGUAUGCGAGAGGACGUUCAUAUAUGUAGGUUGUGAGAGUUCUUGCAUACAUGUCUUAGGAAAUAUAAAUGAGUUAGGAAUGUCAUCGUCAUGCCGCAUGCGUCAUCGUUCUAGAAAAAUAAAGAGAAUGGAAUAAUAAGUAAAAACAUACGCGUCGGUUUGGGCCAAAAACCCAGGAUGAGGUUGCCGAAACAAUUAGGUACCGAGCGAGCUAUUGUAGUUGUUCUGAGUGAAGAAUGUUUUCGGAUCAUAUUUUUUUAUUACAAUAAGCAUUCAGCUGUGAAAUUUUGUCUCAUUUUUCAUUCCAAAUUUUUUUUUCUACCACAGUUCUGAAAAUUAAGAGACGAAGAUCAGUCUGCUUGGUAGUAUUAGACUCUUUAGUGUAGCGAGAAGUUGAAACGUACCGACGUGCAUAAAUAUGAGAAGCAAGACUAACUUUCUAUUUUAUGACGGAUUAUAAUCGGGUAACGAAUUUUGAUAUCGUAUCAAAAUCCUGUACAUUUUUCCAACAGCUAUAUUAAAAUUUUUCACUUUAUUAAGAAAAAUCAGCUUUUGGAUUUUCCAGUUCGUUCCUUUCUGCGUCCAAUGAUCGAGGCAUUUAUGCUAAAGUUUUACUUGACACCGAUACUUGUCACCGCAUCCGCCUCUUUUGAUCGAUCGGAUCUUGAAAUUUUUUGUCAUUUGGGAACAUUAGCUUUAAAGGAGUAUAAUAAACUUAUGCGCGGG